GGGGUGGGGGGACGGGGGGGGUAUCUGAUACCAUUCUUCCAAGACCAGCUCAUUGACCUAAACAGGAGAGCUGCUCCUCCUCGGUGGCCCGGAGAUACCGCUAUAAAAGUCCAACUCUCAGGCUCCUCCGAAGUUUUGGACUGAUAGGCUGCCAGCCAAGUAUCUACAGCAGCUGCCAUCACUGUGUGAGAAAAAGGAGGCACUAUGAGUGGGGACCCAGAAAUGGAGUGUUUUGGUCCGGCGGCCAUCUACCUCCGGAAGCCAGAAAGAGAGCGACUCGAGGCUCAAAACACUCCGUUUGACGCCAAGACCGCGUACUUUGUGUCCGAGCCCACCGAGAUGUACGUGAAAGGGAAACUGGUGAAGAAGGAGGGGGGCAAAGCCUCCGUGGAAGUCAAGGCUGGGAAGACGCUCACUGUCAAAGAUGAUGAAAUCUUCCCCAUGAAUCCACCAAAGUUUGACAAGAUCGAGGACAUGGCCAUGAUGACCCACCUGAGUGAGCCCGCCGUGCUGUACAACCUCAAAGAGCGCUACGCAGCAUGGAUGAUCUACACCUACUCCGGGUUGUUCUGCGUCACCGUGAACCCCUACAAGUGGCUCCCGGUGUACGAUGCGGUGGUGGUGUCAGGAUACAGAGGCAAAAAGAGGAUCGAGGCGCCUCCUCACAUCUUCUCCAUCUCUGAUAACGCCUAUCAGUUCAUGCUCCAAGAUCGUGAGAACCAGUCCAUCCUGAUUACUGGAGAAUCUGGUGCAGGAAAGACUGUGAACACCAAACGUGUCAUCCAGUACUUUGCGACAAUCGCAGUAGCUGGAGGAAAGAAAGCAGCAGAGCAAGUUCCUGGAAAAAUGCAGGGAUCACUGGAAGAUCAAAUCAUUGCAGCCAAUCCCCUGCUGGAGGCUUACGGUAACGCCAAAACUGUGAGGAAUGACAACUCCUCCCGUUUUGGUAAAUUCAUCCGAAUCCACUUUGGCACCACGGGAAAACUGGCUUCAGCAGAUAUUGAAACAUACCUGCUGGAGAAGUCUCGCGUGACCUUCCAGCUGUCUGCUGAGAGGAGCUACCACAUCUUCUAUCAGCUGACCACCGGACACAAACCCGAAUUGUUAGAGGCUCUCCUCAUCACCACCAACCCGUACGACUAUCCCAUGAUCAGCCAGGGAGAAAUAGUUGUCAAGAGCAUCAACGACGUCGAGGAGUUCAUCGCCACCAAUAUGGCCAUUGACAUCCUGGGCUUCAAUGCAGAAGAGAAGAUGAGCAUUUACAAGCUGACUGGAGCUGUGAUGCAUCACGGCAACAUGAAGUUCAAGCAGAAACAAAGAGAGGAGCAAGCCGAGCCUGAUGGCACUGAGGUGGCUGAUAAAAUCGCCUACCUCAUGGGACUCAACUCAGCCGAUAUGCUCAAGGCUCUGUGUUACCCGCGAGUCAAGGUCGGCAAUGAAAUGGUGGUUAAAGGUCAAACUGUGCCUCAGGUGAACAACUCCGUCAAUGCGCUCACCAAAUCCGUGUAUGAUAAAAUGUUCUUGUGGAUGGUGGUCAGAAUCAACGAGAUGCUGGACACCAAGCAGCCCAGAAGCUACUUCAUCGGUGUCCUGGAUAUUGCUGGAUUUGAGAUUUUUGAUUUCAACAGCUUGGAGCAGCUGUGCAUCAACUUCACCAACGAGAAACUGCAACAGUUUUUCAACCACCACAUGUUUGUCCUGGAGCAAGAGGAGUACAAGAAGGAAGGAAUCGAAUGGGAGUUCAUAGACUUUGGCAUGGACUUGGCUGCCUGCAUUGAGCUUAUUGAGAAGCCAAUGGGCAUCUUCUCCAUCCUCGAAGAGGAGUGCAUGUUCCCCAAAGCGACAGACAUGACCUUCAAGAACAAACUGUAUGACCAGCAUCUUGGUAAAAGCGCCCCCUUCCAGAAGCCAAAGCCGGCCAAAGGCAAAGCCGAAGCCCACUUUGCCCUGGUUCACUACGCGGGUACUGUGGACUACAACGUCACAGGCUGGCUGGACAAGAACAAGGACCCCCUGAACGACUCGGUUGUUCAGCUCUACCAGAAGUCAUCAGUCAAGUUGUUGGCUUUGCUGUUUAUGUCUCAUUCUUCUGGAGACGAUCCCAAAGCAAAGAAAGGUGGCAAGAAGAAAGGCGGUUCAUUCCAGACUGUAUCAGCUCUCUUUAGGGAAAACCUGGGAAAGCUGAUGACCAACCUGAGGAGCACCCACCCACAUUUUGUGCGCUGUUUGAUUCCGAAUGAGACAAAAACACCAGGUCUGAUGGAGAACCACCUGGUCAUCCACCAGCUGCGUUGCAACGGAGUACUGGAAGGCAUCAGGAUCUGCAGGAAGGGUUUCCCCAGCAGAAUCCUCUACGGCGACUUCAAGCAGAGGUACAAAAUACUGAAUGCUAGCGUCAUCCCAGAAGGGCAAUUCAUUGACAACAAGAAGGCAUCAGAGAAACUUCUGGAGUCCAUCAGUGUGGAGAAGUCACAGUACAGAUUCGGACAUACCAAGGUGUUCUUUAAAGCCGGACUUCUGGGUACUUUGGAAGAGAUGAGGGAUGAGAAACUGGUUGAACUGGUCACCAUGACGCAGGCUCUCUGCCGAGGCUACGUCAUGAGGAAGGAGUUUGUCCAAAUGAUGGCCAGGAGGGAGGCCAUUUACUCCAUCCAGUACAACAUCCGCUCAUUCAUGAACGUCAAAACGUGGCCAUGGAUGAAGCUCUACUUCAAGAUCAAACCUCUGCUGAAGAGCGCGGAGACUGAAAAGGAGAUGGCCCAAAUGAAAGAAGACUUUGAAAAAACCAAGGAAGAUCUCGCUAAGGCUUUGGCCAAGAAGAAGGAACUGGAGGAGAAGAUGGUUUCCCUCCUGCAGGAGAAGAAUGACUUGCAGCUGCAGAUUCAGUCUGAGGGUGAAAACCUUGCUGACGCUGAGGAAAGGUGUGAGGGCCUCAUCAAAGCCAAAAUCCAGCUGGAGGCCAAAGUCAAGGAGGCGUCCGAGAGGCUGGAGGAUGAAGAGGAGGUGAACGCUGAGCUGACGGCCAAGAAGAGGAAGCUGGAGGACGAGUGCUCUGAGCUGAAGAAAGACAUUGAUGACUUGGAGCUCACCCUGGCUAAAGUCGAGAAGGAGAAACACGCCACUGAGAACAAGGUUAAAAACCUGGUUGAGGAGAUGGCCUCUCAAGAUGAGACCAUUGCCAAGUUGUCCAAAGAGAAGAAAGCCCUCCAAGAGGCCCAUCAGCAGACCUUGGAUGACCUUCAGGCAGAGGAAGACAAAGUCAACACUCUGACCAAGGCCAAGUCCAAGCUGGAGCAGCAAGUGGAUGACCUUGAGGGAUCCCUGGAGCAAGAGAAGAAGCUUCGUAUGGAUCUGGAGCGAUCAAAGAGGAAGUUGGAAGGAGAUCUGAAGCUGGCCCAUGAGACCAUCAUGGAUCUGGAAAAUGACAAGCAGCAGUCUGAUGAAAAAAUCAAAAAGAGGGACUUUGAGAUAAGUCAGCUUCUUGGUAGAAUUGAGGAUGAACAAUCAGUUGGGAUUCAACUUCAUAAGAAAAUAAAAGAACUGCAGGCUCGUAUUGAGGAGCUGGAGGAGGAGAUCGAAGCUGAGCGUGCCGCUCGAGCCAAAGUGGAGAAGCAGAGGUCUGAUCUUGCCAGGGAACUCGAGGAGAUCAGCGAGCGUCUGGAAGAAGCCGGUGGGGCCACUUCGGUUCAGAUCGAGAUGAACAAGAAGCGCGAGGCCGAGUUCCAGAAGCUUCGUCGCGACCUGGAGGAGUCCACCCUGCAGCACGAGUCCACCACCGCGGCGCUCCGUAAGAAGCAGGCCGACAGCGUGGCAGAACUCGGCGAGCAGAUCGACAACCUCCAGCGCGUCAAACAGAAGCUGGAGAAGGAGAAGAGCGAAUACAAGAUGGAGAUUGACGACCUCAGCAGCAACAUGGAGUCCAUCGCCAAAUCCAAGGGAAACCUGGAGAAAAUGUGUCGCUCUCUGGAAGAUCAACUCAGUGAAUUCAAGUCCAAGAAUGAAGAACAUGUGCGUCAGUUGAAUGACAUGAAUGUUCAACGAGCAAGACUCACCACUGAAAAUGGGGAGUUUGGUCGUCAGCUGGAGGAGAAGGAAUCUCUGGUCUCCCAGCUGACAAGAGGCAAACAGGCUUUCAUUCAUCAGAUAGAAGAACUUAAAAGGAGCCUUGAGGAAGAGUCAAAGGCCAAGAACGCCCUGGCCCACGCCGUCCAGUCCGCCCGCCAUGACUGCGACCUCCUCAGAGAGCAGUACGAGGAGGAGCAGGAGGCCAAGGCUGAGCUGCAGCGAUCCAUGUCCAAGGCCAACAGCGAGGUGGCUCAGUGGAGAACCAAAUACGAGACGGAUGCCAUUCAGCGCACCGAGGAGCUGGAGGAGGCAAAGAAAAAGCUCGCCCAGCGUCUCCAGGAUGCGGAGGAGUCCAUCGAGGCGGUGAACUCAAAGUGCGCCUCUCUGGAAAAGACCAAACAGAGGCUGCAGGGUGAAGUGGAAGAUCUGAUGAUCGACGUGGAGAGAGCCAACGCUCUGGCCGCCAACCUCGACAAGAAGCAGAGGAACUUUGACAAGGUUCUUGCCGAGUGGAAGCAGAAAUACGAGGAGAGCCAGGCUGAGCUGGAAGGAGCUCAGAAGGAGGCCCGCUCACUCAGCACGGAGAUGUUCAAAUUGAAGAACUCCUAUGAAGAAGCCCUGGACCACCUGGAGAACCUGAAGAGGGAGAACAAGAACCUGCAACAGGAAAUCACGGAUUUGACCGAGCAUAUUGGAGAGUCAGCAAAGACCAUCCAUGAGCUGGAGAAGGCCAAAAAGACGGCUGAGAGCGAGAAAGCCGAAAUCCAAACCGCUCUUGAGGAAGCCGAGGCAACCCUGGAGCACGAAGAAUCAAAGAUCAUUCGCAUCCAGCUGGAACUGACCCAAGUCAAGAGCGAGAUCGACAGGAAGCUUGCAGAGAAGGAUGAGGAGAUGGAGCAGAUCAAGAGGAACAGCCAGCGUGUGAUCGAGUCCAUGCAGAGCACCUUGGAUGCUGAGAUCAGGAGCAGGAACGAUGCCCUGAGGGUGAAGAAGAAGAUGGAGGGAGACCUGAAUGAGAUGGAGAUCCAGCUGAGCCAUGCCAACCGUCAGGCCGCUGAAGCACAGAAACAACUGAGGAACAUCCAGGCACAACUCAAGGACGCUCAACUGCACCUUGAUGAAUCUCUGAGGGCUUACGCCGACAUGAAGGAGCAGGUUGCCAUGGUGGAGCGCAGGAACAACCUGAUGCUGGCUGAGAUCGAGGAGCUCAGAGCUGCUCUGGAGCAGACGGACCGAAGCCGCAAAGUGGCUGAGCAGGAACUCGCUGAUGCCAGCGAGCGUGUUGGUCUGCUGCACUCUCAGAACACAAAUCUUAUAAACACUAAGAGGAAGCUGGAGGCCGACCUUGUCCAGAUCCAAGGUGAAGUGGAGGAUGCUGUUCAGGAAGCGAGGAAUGCUGAAGAAAAGGCCAAGAAGGCCAUCACUGAUGCUGCCAUGAUGGCAGAGGAGCUGAAGAAGGAGCAGGACACCAGCGCUCACUUGGAAAGAAUGAAGAAGAACCUUGAGGUGACAGUCAAAGACCUGCAGAACCGCCUGGACGAGGCUGAGAGUCUGGCUCUGAAGGGGGGCAAGAAGCAGCUCCAGAAACUGGAGGCUCGGGUCCGGGAACUGGAGUCGGAGGUGGACGCUGAACAGAAGAGAGGCGCCGAAGCCAUCAAGGGCGUACGCAAGUAUGAACGACGAGUCAAGGAGCUGACUUAUCAGACGGAGGAGGACAAGAAGAACAUCGUGAGACUCCAGGAUCUGGUGGACAAGCUGCAGCUCAAAGUGAAAGCCUACAAGAGGCAGUCAGAAGAAGCUGAGGAGCAGGCCAACACGCACCUGAGCAGGUACAGGAAGGUCCAACACGAGAUGGAGGAGGCUCAGGAGAGGGCCGACAUCGCUGAAUCUCAGGUCAACAAGCUGAGAGCCAAGAGCCGCGACUUUGUCCGGGGAAAGGAUGCUGAAGAGUGAACAGCAGCCACAUGACGACACAGCCAUGCAAGAAAUCGUAAAAUAUGAUCUUUUUGGCGUGUCAUCACAAUAAAUUUUGGCUAGCAGCUGGA